CAGCUCGCAUCACAUCCCUCACAAACCAUGGACACCAAGAUCAAAGAGACCGCACGGCGUGCACUGGACAGCGACGACGACGCUCUCUCAGACGACGAGCUUUUGGCCGAACUCGAGAAUGACCCGGAGCUCGAGCGAUUCCGCGAAGCGCGCCUAGAGCAACUAAAGCAUGAGAUCGACACUGCGCGCGAGCUACGCGCACGAGGCCACGGCACCUACACCAUUAUCACCAAAGAGCAAGACAUGGUGAAGCUGAUGGGUACCGAGAAGAUGGCUAUCGUGCAUUUCACACACACGCAGUUUGCACGGUGCAAGAUCAUGGACAAGCACCUGCAGACCAAGUUCGCCGGCAUUGAUGCGACAAAGUGCCCAUUCCUGGUGAACAAAUUCCAGGUGCGUACGCUGCCAUGCCUGUUGGCUAUCCGUAAUGGCAGCUGUGUCGAUCGGCUGGUUGGAUUCGAGGAGUUUGGAAAUAGCGACAAGUUCUCGACAGAGUCGCUAGAGAUUAGGCUGGCAAAGUCAGGCGUCGUGCAGCUGCCUAAGGGAUCGCUGGCGAGUGUGCCAGUCGCGCAGCGGCCGGUUGCAUACUCGGCUGGCGGUGAUGACAGUGGAUCGGGUGGUGAGAGCCACGAUGAGCUGGAUUACUGA